GUAACUUUCUUGUCUCCGUCUUCUCCUUCCCCUUUCUGUCUUCCCCUUUGCUGCUCCAAAUUCCAAUUAAAACCCCAAAACCAAACUUCACCAACACAAAAGUUCUUAGCUUUACAUCACAAAUGGCAUUAAAAGAAGCAGCUUCACUCACUUCACUGAAACAACAAGAAGAAGAAGAAGAAGAAGAAGAAAGAGAGAGGUUCAUAGUUUUGAGCAGCACUUGCAAAGUGGUGGAGUAUUUGCAGCCAGUGAUGUCAAAAGAGCUUCUCUGCAAGUUUCCAGACAACUCUGCUUUCGAUUUUGACUACACUCAGAGUUCAAUAUGGUCCCCUUUGGUCCCUCGGGCUCAUGCUCCCAUGGAUUUGGACUUGGAUUUCGAUUUCAUGACGCCAAGGAAGCUCAAUUUCGAGAUGGGGUUGGAGUUGGAAAGUCAAAGCAGUAUCAAGAAAGUCAGUUCUAGUAUUAAGAAGAAGAUCUCCACCGCUGGAUUUAAUAUUAGCAGGAGUGCUUUGAAGAACAAGAUGAUGAAGAAGAAGAAGAAGAAAAGCAAGAUGGCAUUGACUUCUGAUUUCUCUCCAACUCCUGUUAAGGUUCAUUGUAACCCCUUAGCCUCAAAGGUAUGGAAUAAGGUGCUAAAAGCUGCCUCUAAACAUUUCAAGAAAAAGAAGAGAGAUCCCAUGGACCAUGUGAGGCUCUCCAAUUAUCUGAGAGAUGGAAAUAUUUGAAGGCUUCCCCCAUUUGUAAUUCUUUAUUGUUUCAUUAAUUUAUUUAUUCAUUUCAUUGUCUUUU